AUGCUCGGGGCACUCGUGGACGCCAUUGCGUUUGGCGCGUCGUUCUUGGACGUGCUGCCGACGACCGGCCACCUUCUCGCGCAGACCAUCUCGGCACGCUACGAAGAGUUCACGCCGCCGUCGGCGCCACCGGCGUGGCCGGCCACGUUCGAGGCCAACUUUACCGAGGUCUUUAGUGGCUUUCCCGCAGCGCCGUCCACCGGCGCAUGGUACUACCGAUAUGAGGCCAACGGCCCGCAUCAGUGGCGGGCCGACCACAACGCGCCGCAAGCCAACAACUUUUGCAAGUGCGCGAAACCCGGCGUCACGGACACGUGCCAGCUCUUCUUUGAACCGUCGGCGCUCUUUGUACAUUUCCCGAGUUUGGGCGAGUGCUGCAGCUUGUGCUCGGCGGCCGACGGCUGCUCGCCGCUCAAGCCCGAUUGGCUCUCGGGCAACCAGCCGCAGCGAACGCCGGGCUCCGACAAGAUUGACGGCAGACGUUGCUUUCAGUACUGCACACCGGGCGCGGUCUUUACCGACUGCAUGAGCUACGAUGAGAAUGGCAAACCGUGCCAGUACUCGGAAACGAGCACGUUCUCGCCCAGCUUUACGGUGGUCCACAACCUCACGUUCACGUCGUGGUCCAAGCACCUCUCGGAUGCCUCGGUGUUUGACCUGCCGGCGUCGUGCAAGGAACCAUGUCCGCGUCAGUUCAACCAGUGCCACGGCUAA